GCGCGCUCGGUGACUCCGCAGGUGACGUACGUGUUGUGCGGGAGCAGCAGCUCGGCGGCGGUGACGCGUAUGGGCAGGGAAAGCUCGAGCCGGGGCUCAGUGUGUGCGUGUGUGUGUGUGUGUGGUGAGCACUUCUCUGGUCUGAGAGCGGGAUAACUGUCGACAUGUCCGGGGACAACGAAGACACGCAGACGGCCGAGGACACAUCGGUGGAUGAGAAGGAGGUCCAGGACAAGGUGAUCAGCCCGGAGAAGGUAGAGGAGGCUAAACUGAAGUCCAGAUACCCAAUGUUAGGAAAUAAACCCGGGGGAUCUGAUCUGCUUCGCAAGCGCCUCCAAAAAGGGCAAAAGUACUUUGACUCGGGCGACUACAACAUGGCUAAAGCCAAGAUAAAGAACAAACAGUUGCCAACAGCUGCACCAGAGAAGACCGAGAUCACAGGGGACCACAUCCCCACCCCCCAGGACCUGGCCCAAAGGAAACCCUCCCUGGUUGCCAGUAAACUGGCAGGCUGAUGCACCCGCAGCCCUGACAUCUCCUGCAGUACCUCCCAGCCCUAACCCUUUCCACUCAAGUCUCAGAGCUGUAACAUUACCUCUCCCACCCCCCCUCUCUCCCACAGUUCCACCUGUCCCCAGCGUCUGCUCCCAUCCGCAACUGCCUGGACCCAUCUCGAUAAAGUCCCACCCCUACCACUCAGUGAUCCGGCUGGGUGAUACCUUCAAAUCCUGAUACCUCCUGUCUCUGCUUUUGUCCCUCACUACUCCCACAAACUGACCGCCCCUCAGUCACUGUCCUCUAAGCUCUCCAUGGUCCUUUUUAAUUUUUUCAUUACUUCCAUGUAUUAUCAUACACUGAAAGACAGGACAUCCAAGUGUGAGUGUGAUGAACGUACUGUGACUCUUCUGUACGAGGGAUGGGUGAUCGAUACAACAGUGUUUACUGCCCCAGGAGAGGGGCAAGAAGCAAAAGCUGCAUCUUGAGUGGUUAGAGGGCUUUUGGUAUAGACAUCAGGAUUCCACUGAGUGUGUACGUAUAUAUGCGUGCAUGUCUGUGUGUUAGCUUUUGUUCGGCACAGGGGCAGACGUCAGCCUUUUAGAAAGUUUAACAUCAUAUUUGUAUCAUUCACUGUAUGUCCUUAUUCUAAAUGAUGCUGUCAAUAUGCUUGAGUGAUUGAUUGAGUAUAGUAAUCCAGAGGCCAAGCUCAGUUUUGUUAACACUUUGAUUGUGAAAGGGGGGGGUCAUGCUAAAAGACCACACGGUGAAGGCCACAGUGUCAUAAAGAACUGCAUAUAUGAUGCAGGGCUCCUUAAGGCAUACCUCACUGAGCUCCAUUUUAAUUCAUGAAGGUGCAGACAUAUAAACAUGCUGAAAAAAUCUCUGGUGCUACAUAAAAUCUCUGGGUGGCAGAUCUAUGGUUCAUUCAAAACAUUUUGAAACUAAAAGAAGGGGAUGCCAUUGUUGGCUUCAAUCUGAAAUGUAAUGUUGAAACUUUGCACUGUAUCUGUGAUGUGCCAUGCAUUUCAGCCUCAGAGGACGACCCCGUCCUCUCCUUGGGUCAAAAUGUCUAGUUUCAAGUUGUCAUGAGUGACUCAUAACCGUGCUGGUAGUGGGGUAUACGGGACCUGAAACCUCCUGUCAGAAGGGACCAGUCUGUGUGCUGUGUGAGAAACAAAUCUAUUGUUAAAAAAUUACUGGGAACCUCUCUUGGCAUUGGGAACAGAGUCUAAUGAAUUGUGUUCAUUGAUUUUGGAGGGGAAAAAAUCUUCUAUACUCAUACGUUAAAGUCAUUUUAUCUUUAAAUUGUCCUCGGCCUCCUGUAGUGCUUUUCAAGGGUCCUUGCUGACUGGAUGAAGUUUACCUGUCGUGGUAAAUCUAAGCUAGCACUACAUCCGUCUGAGCUGUGCAUGUAUGUGGCUGCCCUGCUGUCACUUUAUGCCAUUUUGUUUUGUAAAUAAAAUAGUUUUGCACAAAUGUUUAA